AUGAAUGAAGCAUCCAGAGCGCCCAGCGGUGACAGCGGCGCCACACUGAGCAGCGACAUACGCACACGCUCACUCGGGAUCGCUACGUCUCGGCAACUUUCUCUUUGAAUUUUUCUUGGAACUCUUUACCUGAGAUCUGGUACACUCAUCAUGUGUUGGGCAUCUAGCUGGACGCCGCUCUGGCUGUUCCUCUGUUUUUUUCUUACUGGAAUUAAUGCCUUUAACUUGGAUGUGGACAACCCGACCGUUUAUAGCGGUCCGGAAGGGAGCUACUUUGGGUACUCCGUGGAUUUCCACCGACCUACAUCGGACCAUAGCACAAUGAGUGUCCUUGUUGGAGCCCCCAAAGCCAACACUACGCAGCCUAAGAUCGUGGAGGCAGGAGCCGUUUACUAUUGCCCCUGGCCGCCCACUGACUCGAAGUGCCGACAGAUAGCAUUUGACAGCACAAAUAACAGAAUGAUGCGGUUUAAUGACACCAGGCAGCCUGUCGAAUUCAAAUCCAACCAGUGGUUUGGAGCGACUGUCCGAACUCAUAAAGGAAAAGUAGUGGCCUGUGCUCCUUUGUACCACUGGAGUGCUCUAAAGAUGCCAGGUGAGAAGGACCCUGUUGGCACCUGCUACAUAGCCAUCCAGAACUUCAGUGCCUAUGUGGAAUAUUCUCCAUGUCGUUCUGAUAAUGCAGAUCCAGAAGGCCAAGGAUUCUGUCAGGCGGGCUUCAGUGCAGACUUCACUAAGGAUGGAACUCUUGUGGUGGGCGGACCUGGAAGCUAUUACUGGCAAGGACAGAUCAUCACCACUGGUGUGGCUGAAAUUCUCAACGGCUAUUCAGUCAGAGAGCUUAUAAGAAAAGUUAAAGGCGAAAAGCAGAGUGGAGCUGCGCCAGACAGCUAUGACGACAGCUACCUCGGUUACUCAGUAGCCGUUGGAGAGUUUACAGGAGACUCGGAACAAGAACUGCUUGCUGGAGUUCCUCGAGGAGCACACAACUUUGGUUAUGUAGCUAUAAUAAAUUCUUCGGACCUGACUUUGAUACAGAAUUUCACUGGUGAACAGAUGGCUUCAUAUUUUGGUUACACGUUGGCCGUGUCAGAUGUAAAUGGUGAUGGACUGGAUGACAUACUAGUUGGAGCGCCACUGUACAUGGAUCGGGAAUUCGAAAGCAAGCCAAAAGAAGUGGGCCGCGUUUACAUCUACCUGCAAGAGGAUGCCCUGACCUUCAAAGAGCCCAUAAUAUUGUCAGGGACUGAAGUAUUCGGGCGAUUUGGCAGCGCCAUUGCUAAUUUGGGAGACCUUAAUCAGGAUGGAUAUCAGGAUUUUGCAGUCGGCGCACCAUUUGCAGGUGCUGACCGAAGAGGGCGUGUUUUUAUCUACAAUGGUGUGAGUGAAGGGUUAAAGCUUCAACCCUCUCAGGUUUUGAAUGGAGUUUGGGCUUCUAAGUCUGCACCAGGAGGAUUUGGAUUCUCUCUCAGAGGAGACUCAGACUUGGACAAGAAUGACUAUCCAGAUUUGAUUGUUGGAGCUUUUGGAGCUGGAAAGGCCAUUGUUUACAGAUCCCGGCCAGUGGUCACAGUGGAUGCACAGUUAUUACUAAACCCUAUGAUAGUGAAUCCAGAGAAUAAGACAUGCCAGCGUAUGGACUUGGAAAUCUUAGUGACGUGCAUGACGGCAAGAGUUUGUGCAACUGUGUCAGGUCAUGGCAUUCCACAUGUAGUAGACUUGUUGAUCGAACUAAACCUAGAUUGGCUGAAACAGAAAGGUGCCAUCAAGAGGGUCCUAUUCCUCGACACCCACCAGCAUCAGCAAAUCUUCCGUUUACGCAUUGAAAACAGGAAUCCCCAGAAAUGUCAGAACUUCAUCAUUUAUCUUCGGGACGAGACAGAAUUUAGGGAUAAACUGUCUCCCAUCAGUAUUAAUUUAAAUUACAGUCUGGAUGAAUCUAGCCCUCCAAGGGGAUUAGCCCUGAAGCCUAUUCUAAAUUAUUAUGAGAAGACUUCUAUCCAGGAGCAGGCCUACAUUCUGGUAGAUUGUGGAGAUGACAACAUGUGUGUUCCAGAUCUCCGCCUUUCAGCCGCCAUGGACAGUGAAAAGUUAAUCAUCGGGGAAGAUAAUCCAUUAAUGAUCACCAUCAAUGCCCAAAACCAAGGCGAAGGGGCCUAUGAAGCUGAGUUAUAUGUGAUAAUCCCUCCAGAAGCAGACUACAUUGGUGUGGAACGUAAAAAUGAGGCCUUACGGCGUCUCAACUGUGAAUACAGGAUGGAAAAUGUGACCAGAAUGGUGGUUUGUGAUCUGGGAAACCCCAUGGUGGCUGCUACCAAUAUCUCUGUAGGCCUACGCUUUGCUGUCCAGCGUCUGGAAGAGGCGGGAUCCAACAUAAAGUUUGACCUUCAGAUCAAAAGCUCUAACAAGGACAAUGCCAAUAGCAACUUGGUUACACUGAGGAUUAAUAUUACAGCUCUGGCCCAGGUCGAGAUACGGGGAGUGUCCCAUCCUGCUCAGAUUUUACUGCCUCUUCAGCACUGGGAACCCAAAGAGAAGCCAACAAAAGAGGAAGACAUUGGACCUCAAGUUCAACACAUCUAUGAGCUUCAUAAUAAAGGUCCCAGUGCAAUCAGCAAAACAUUCCUGCAAGUGGACUGGCCAAGUCAUCACAAAGACGAGAUGAUCCUGUAUGUAUUUGAGGUUAAGACAGAAGGCCCGAUCACCUGCAAAGGGAAUGCCACGCUAAAUCCCUUGAAUCUGGAGACUUCAGACCUUGAAGACACUCCAGAACUGCUGGGUUUUUUACGAAACUCUUCUCUGGUUCACAGCAUCAAGAAAAGGGAAAUUAACUUACCUCGGCCUCAACCUCUUCGCCAAUAUAAUGGGAAAAUACUGAACUGCAGCAACAUAAACUGUUUAUUGAUAACGUGUCACAUUGGACGCCUGGACAAAGGCCAGAGUGCCGUGGUGAAAGUCAGGUCUCGACUCUGGGCUCAGACCUUUUUACAGAGGAAAAACUACCAGUAUUCCCUGAAUGCCAAUAUAUCGUACAAUGUUCUGAGUUUGCCUUAUCGGAUUUAUCCUGAAAUUCUUCCACAGGCAUCUAUAGCGAUAAGAACCUUGGUGAUUUGGGCCACCCCAGACGUCUCAUUUGAAAUCCCCCUGUGGGUUAUUAUACUGGCAAUACUACUUGGAUUGUUGGUUCUGGCUAUUUUGACCCUGGUCAUGUGGAAGUGUGGAUUUUUCGACCGAGCAAGACCACCACCAGAUGAUGUUUCAGACCGGGAACAGUUGACCCCAGACAAGUCAGCAGAAGCAUGAGAGGGUCCGAGUCUUACAAGAAGAAGGCUUUUCAAAUCUUUAACAGAGAGACAAAAAGGACAAAUCAGCUGUUUGGUCAUUCACCUCCGUCUUGUUAAGGAAGAACAGGAUUGUGAGAUGUGGCUGGUUUGCAAGCUGCCUUAAUCCACAAGUGCCAUGAGACCUGAACCUAUGCAACAUGUUUGAACACAGAGGAACUGUGAACUGGCCGCCUGAAAAGCUGCUUGCCAUGUGAAAUUCAGCUCCUCGUCAGUGUGCACGUUUUCUAUACUUGGAUUAUGCCAUUGUGCAGGAUACAGUGGACUGAACACACACCAAAGUCUGAAGCCGUGAUGUCUUACAGAACACAUUCCUUUUGCUCGACGUAUUUUGUAUAUCGUGUUUUACAUUGUGGACUUUGGAUUUUCCUUUUCUUCUAACAUUAUGAGACUCUUAACCUGAAUAUUUUUGACCUCCUAGAAUGAUCUACAAAGGAACCCUCUAUUGUGUAAGUCUCCGGUAGACUUGGAAUUUUAAGUUCAGUAAUCAACAAGCUACUGUUGAUCAUCAAUCAUCGCCAUGCAAGAUUGCAGUCUGUGAAAAAUUGAUAUUGAACUUCUGUGUCUAUGUGAUCCCCUCAGUGUCUGUCGAUGAGUAAGAACUGAAAAUUGGCAGUUCCUUUCCAAGCAGCGCAGAUAUAAAAAAAAAAAAAAAAGAAUCGGGAAAAUUUCUUUAAUGUAAAAAUCUCUAAAAUUUGCCAUCUGGUUUGAACAGUGCUGCGUGCUGCCUAAGGGAGUGUGCUUUCAUUAAUAAGAAGCAUACAGAAUUCUACUCUACCAAUGAUGAAAUUAAACGCCACAAAAAAAUUAGAAAGUGUUGCAAUCUCUUGCCUAUGGUUUAUUACUAACCAUAUUUAAAGUAUGAUUGUGAGUGCAGUAACUUUCACCUGGAAAGGCAGUGGGGUCUCCAACAGUGGCAAAUUACAUGACACAUUCCACCUCACAACUACUCAACAUGAAAUAUUCAGUUUAAGUCAACUAAUCGUCUUUUCACCUCACCCUAGAAUUAAAAAUAUGUGUUGCUAACACCAAUGCAACAUGAGAAUUAGAAUAUUAUCAAUUAAAGGUGAAAAUGGCACUCGCCAAACUUAGAAUUAACUUGAAAAUCAUUCAGAAAAUAAGGUCUAAAGCAGGGGUCUCCAUCACUACUGUGGCUGCAAGUUUUCAUUCUAACUCCUUUCUUAAUUAGUGACCAGUUUUUGCUGCUAAUUAACUUCUUUUCCUUUCAUUUUA